CUCGCCGCGCGUACUCGCGACGACGCGAUCAGUCGAUCAGUGGAUCGGUCAUCACUCAUCGCCAUCGGUCGUCACUCAUCAGUCGUGGUUCGUCGCCAUCGGUCAGGCCGUUUGAACGAGGAUUCGAGCGCCCAGACGACAGAAAGAGAGAAAUAGAGAAAUAGAGAAAAAGAGGAAGAGAGGAGCGAAACAUGGCAGAGAAAAUGUACUACCCCAAUUCGGAGCUCGCGAGGGAGGCGCACUGCGGUAGCAUGGAACAGUACAAGCGAAUGCACGAGAGCUCUAUUAAGGACCCGACGCAGUUCUGGGGAGAAAUCGCCAAACAAUUUUAUUGGGAAACGCCAGCGAUAGAGGACAAGUUCUUCUCGUACAAUUUCGAUCUGAGCAAAGGUGACAUUUUCAUAAGGUGGAUGGAGGGAGCAUCGACAAAUAUAAGCUUCAAUCUACUCGAUAAGAACGUCAAGAGCGGAAAUGGCGAUAAAAUUGCAUUUUACUGGGAAGGAAACGAUCCGGAAGAUUAUUCGCGACUGACGUAUAGAAAGUUGCUCGAGGAGACGUGCAGGUUUGCGAAUGUUCUCAAGUCGAAGGGUGUCUCCAACGGCGACAAAGUGGUGAUUUACAUGCCGAUGAUCUUGGAGCUACCGAUCGCCAUGCUGGCUUGCACAAGGAUAGGGGCGGUUCACAGCGUGGUGUUCGCAGGAUAUUCAUCUGACUCGUUGGCGGACCGUAUCCUCGAUUCCAAGGCCAAAGUUCUCAUCACUGCGGAUGGCGUGUGGAGAGGCGAGAAGUUGCUUCUGUUGAAAAAUAUCUGCGACGAAGCUGCGGAUAAGGUCACGAAGCAUGGCCAUCGACUCGAAAGCUGCAUCGUCGUCGCGCAUCUGAGAAGACUCAACAAUCCACAGGGUAAGACGAAGGGAGUGAACGGCACUAGCAACGGUACGGCCAUGGAAAUGGCCAAUGUUUCUUGGGACGACGAUCGAGAUGUUUGGUGGCACGACGAGAUGGAGGACGCAGAGGCGAGCUGUUAUCCAGUUUGGAUGGCCGCUGAGGAUCCACUGUUUAUCCUUUAUACGAGCGGCUCUACUGGAAAACCGAAGGGUGUUCUCCAUACCACUGCGGGAUAUUUGAUCUAUGCGGCAACAACUUUCAAAUAUGUUUUCGACUAUCAUCCAGGCGAUAUUUAUUGGUGUACCGCCGAUUGCGGCUGGAUCACAGGACACACUUACGUGGUUUACGGCCCGUUGGCGAAUGGCGCAACAUCUGUCAUAUUCGAGGGUACACCCUUCUAUCCGGAAAAUGAUCGAUACUGGUCCAUUAUCGACAAGUACAAGGUCACGCAAUUUUAUACGGCGCCAACGGCUAUCAGAUCACUAAUGAAAUUUGGCGAUCAUCUUGUCAAGAAGCAUAGCUUAUCCACGCUUAAGGUCCUCGGUUCAGUCGGCGAACCGAUCAAUACCGAAGCUUGGCUCUGGUUUUAUAAUCUCGUCGGGCACGGCAAAUGCAGCAUAGCAGACACUUUCUGGCAAACGGAAACUGGUGGUCAUGUAAUUACACCGUUGCCUGGUGCUACGCCUAUGAAGCCAGGCUCCGCGACAUUCCCUUUCUUUGGGGUUCUGCCGGAGCUUCUUGACGAGGACGGUCGCGUGAUUGAGGGCGAAGGAGAGGGAUAUCUCGUCUUCCGUCGACCGUGGCCAGGGAUGAUGCGAACCCUCUACGGCAAUCAUCAACGUUUUCAAAAUACGUACUUUGAUCGAUUCAAUGGAUUUUACUGUACGGGAGACGGUGCGAGACGCGACGCAGAUGGAUAUCUGUGGGUAACUGGCCGUAUCGACGAUAUGUUGAACGUUUCCGGUCAUCUAAUGUCAACGGCUGAAGUGGAAAGUGUGUUGGCGGAACAUUCUUCGGUAGCCGAGGCUGCAGUAGUCAGCAAAUCGCAUCCUGUUAAAGGUCAAUGUCUAUAUUGUUUCAUUACUCCAACCGCGGGGACGACAUUCGACGAAAAAUUGCAAGGCGAGCUUAAAAGGAAAGUACGUGAAAGGAUUGGCCCAUUCGCUCAACCGGACGCCAUCCAACAUGCCCCGGCUCUACCGAAAACAAGAUCCGGCAAGAUUAUGAGACGUAUGUUGAGAAAAAUCGCGGCGGGUGACAGGAAUAUCGGAGACACGUCAACAUUGGCCGAUGAAACUGUUAUUCAACUUUUAUUUGAGUUAAGGCCAUGCGUUUAAGUCAUGCAUUUUCUUGCUUAUCAUAGGAAAAAUGAAAGUAUCUUGAGAGAAUUUUUCGCGAUUGAUGAAUGUCGGAAACAUAUCGCACGAUUUCCGGAUAAUUUUAUAUAGAUAAAAGAGUAAAUAGAUUGCACAUUGAAUUCGCACAAUAUCAGAGACGCAUACUUUUCAGAAUCUUAUCGUAUAUUCAGUCAUUAAUUUGACAACGUUACGAACAAUUUUACCAACGUACAAAAUGUAUUAUAUAAAACGAUAUUGUUGUCCUCUCGCCAAUCGAAUUGAAUUGAUAUCGUCAUCCUGAUGAUAUUGUCAUUCAAGAUUUUUAAGUGAGUAAAAAUGUGUAAGUUAUAUUUUUUAGGUAUGUCUCUCUCUCUCUCUCUCUCUCUCUCUUUUAUUUUCGACUCGACCACUUGAUCUCGAAUAGAUCAAAAGGGAUGUAUAGGGAAGGAGUAGAUUGUUGAUAUAAUUAAAUUAAUUAAAUUAUUGGUCGCUCUCCUCAAAGAGGUGUCGCGGCUGCGAUACAUAUCCUACAUAAGCAUCGCCAGUAAGAUAGUAAGUGUCCUUUUGUUAAGUCCAAGGUUAAGUUUGAAAUUAAUCGCAAGAGGCAAAACGCUCAAUACUGGUAAAUUGUAAUAAAAAUAGCACGAUAGCAGAACGCUGGUUGCACAAUUACUAA